GUUUAAUCACACGGUCAGGUCUAUAGGCAGUGUUUACCUAACCUUCCUAGGCCUAGACUUGCUAAAAGCAAAUAGAGUUAGUACUAGCUACUAGCAGAGUACACACGUAACCAACCACUCACAUUCGAACCUGCGUAUACAAGUAACAGCAGUGACUCCGUCACCAGAGCGCAGAAAUAUCACUCAUACAACCUCCCAGCCAGCAUCCGCUCCGUCACGAUUCAUUCGUACGAUACACAUUCGUCCAGACAAUAACGUUGCUGCCUGGAGGCAUGCUUGUCUUUGAGCACAUGUCGUGAAACCUGCUUGCUUGCUCUCGGAGCUGGGCCUCGAAUCAGCCUAUAUAAGCUCGCUCAACUUCAGAUCCUGUCGAGACAUUCUUCAGACAUCCAUCAACUCUUUGGAUUGACACUGUAGAGUCACUCGAAGUCUCUCUUCCAUAAUGUCCGUCGAAACCGUCACCCACGCCAACGAGAUCACAGAGUAUACCGAAUCGCUUCUCAUCCCACCCACUCCAGCCUUCACACACGCCUACAGCAACACCAGCGCUCAUGGCAUCCCGGAGAUCGCCCUGUCCCCAUCUCAAGGCAAAUUCAUCUCUCUGCUAGCCCGCAUGUCCCGGGCCAAGAACAUCCUUGAAAUCGGCACUCUAGGCGGCUACUCGGCGCUAUGGCUUGCGCAGGCGCUCAACACUUCCGGUGCUGGUGGAAAACUGACCAGCGUCGAAAUCAACCCGGACAGGCGUGAUGUGGCGAUCGAGAACCUCAAGUAUGCCGGCGUCAAGAUCCCCGACCAAGUCGACAUCCUGCUUGGGGCGGGGCUGGAUAUCCUGCCCCGUCUGGCUAAGGAGAUCGACCAUGGCAAGCGCGAGAAGUUCGAUUUCAUCUUCAUCGACGCAGAUUGGGAUAAUCAAUGGGCCUACUUUGAUUGGGGUGUCAAGCUGUCCAAGGGUAAAGGGAGCGUCGUGUACGUAGAUAACGUCGUGAAGCAGUUGUUGGAAAUUGGCGCAGUUGGACCGGCGGAGAACGACGCCAGUGUCACGAAUUUGGUCGAGAUGGUGGGUAAGGACGAGAGAGUCGAUGCCACUGUAAUGCAGACGGUUGGAGGAAAGAACCAUGACGGUUCGCUCAUUGCUGUGGUAAAGUGAGUGACGUCGUAGAGGGUUCAAUGGGUUGUCAUAUGCACACUCGGCCUUCGUCAUGAACGGGUUGCCAAAAGUAGACGGCCAAUUUCCCCCAACAUCUCAUAAGACCACACCCAGAGACAUUAGUAUUGUUGAGCACCAACGCCUCGCCGAAAGGACUGACAAUAACUUUGAGAUAAAUGGGCUUGUGCAAAAUACCGUCACAAAAUCGCGCUCCCAAAUCUGAUCUGUAUAUCACUUCUUUCUG